CGGGCGGCGGCCCCAGCCCCAGCCCGCGUGUGCGCCGUCGCGCCCCAGCCAUGGUGGGCCGGCUGAGCCUGCAGGAUGUGCCCGAGCUCGUGGACACGAAGAAGAAGGGCGACGGCGUCCUGGACAGUCCGGAUUCGGGGCUGCCCCCCAGCCCCAGCCCCGGCCACUGGGGGCUCGCGGCGGCCGGGGGGGGCGGGGAGCGCUCGGCGGCCCCCGGGACGCUGGAGCCCGACGCGGCGGCGAGCCCCGCGGCCCCGAAUCCAGCACCUCUCCCCAGCCCACUGGCCUUUGCCUGCUCACCAAGGCUGUGCCCUCUGUCCUUUGGUGAAGGAGUGGAGUUUGAUCCCUUACCGCCAACGGAAGUAAGGUACACUUCAUCGGUCAAGUAUGACUCGGAGCGGCACUUCAUUGAUGAUGUCCACCUGCCCCUGGGCCUGGCAGUGGCCUCCUGUAGCUACACCGUCACCUGCCUCCCCAACUGCACCUGGCGCAACUACAAGGCAGAGGUGCACUUCAAGCCCUGCCACAAGCCCACCCGCUUCCUCAGCACCACCAUCGUCUACCCCAAGUACCCCAAGACCGUCUACACGACCACCCUGGAUUACAACUGCCGCAAGACGCUGAGGAGGUUCCUGUCCAGCGUGGAGCUCGAAGCCACAGAGCUCCCAGGCAGCGAUGGCCUCCCAGAUGAGUGCUGACGUGAGCCUGUGUGGGGUUGGACCAGCUCUUCUGCUGCCCUCCAUGGCCUUCGUGCCCCAGAGGAGUCUGACCUAGCCAUACCUCUAAGCCUGGCCUGGGGAAGGAGAAAAUGUCAUGGCAUCUUACAAUCAUUGAGACGAUUUGGUUUUUUAAAACGUUCAAAUUAUUUUCAAAAUAUUUCCAGUUUGCUGCUGUGCAGCUUCCCCCAAAGUCUCAAUUCGAUGAGCAAAUAGAAAGCCAACUGGAGCAAAAGAAAAAUGGGCCCAGUUUGAAAUAGGGAGGGAAGAGAGGGCUCUUCUUCCAUUGCUCAGUCAGCCUGUUAGCCCGAGGAAGAGUGUGGAGAAAGUGUCCGGGAUGGAAAAAGUGAGUUUUAAGAACUUUCAGCCCAGGAUGUCUUCACUGACAGCGGUGCUGGUUCUGUGAGCUGACAUCCAGAUGGGUCCCAUCUGUGGAGAGCUGAGUUCCAUUCCCUAGUUUAUUCCCAUUUGUACUUCCUGUAUCACCAAAACUCUUGGGAUUCUCCAAACCCUUUUCGUAUCAAAAAACCCCAAACCACAAUAUAAAAUAAAGAUACCUCUUUAAAAAAGAAAGGAUGAAAAGGUUCAUCCUGUUCUCACCUCUCUUCAGGGGAGUCAGGUCCACCAGGGGCCAGUUUGACAGCAAUGGCUUCAGUUCUGGUUCCUUCGCCUGGGUGGCUCCGAGUGUGGGCUCUGGCAAAGCGCUUUGAACCCUUGGCAUCUGGUAAUGUCUCCACAGGCUUGUGUAACUCUCCUGGUAUGUAUUUUGGGGUUUCCAAAUACUUGCCUAUUUUUCUCAUAAGGCAAAAUGUAGCGGAGAGAAACAGCAUUUUGAGAGAAUGCUUAGGGAAACCACUUUUGGGGACUCCCUGAGGGGGCUUCACUCCCAGUGGGAAGGGCCGGCCACACCCAGGACUGCAUGGCCUCUGAGAGAGGCAGAUGGAGAUGUUUCUGGUGAUCUGUUUCAUCUGGAUGAGUCUCCUCUCCAGGGACCCUGGAUCAACUUCCAUGGAAUCCUGCCCCUGACUUUAGUCUAAGCCCAAAGGCUUUCCCUCCAGGUGAAAGAAAGGCCGGGAUUGCUGUCAGGAGUCAAACUCCCACACCUGGGCGCUGUGGUGAUGGCGCACAUUUCUUGUAAGUGCUUACUGUAAUGGCAGUGACAAUCAGGGCGUGAGGUGCAAAUGGACAACACUUUGUGAGUUCAGCUGAGUCGGCCUCAGAAGUAGAAAGGGGGGCGCCUGGGGGGCUCAGCGGCUGAGCGGCUGCCUUUGGCUCAGGACAUGAUCCCAGGGUCCAGGAUUAAGUCCCGCAUUGGGCUCCCUGCAUGGAGCCUGUGUCAUCCUCUGCCUGUGCCUCUCUCUGUGUCUCUCAUGAAUAAAGAAAUAAAAUCUUUAAAAAAAAAAAAAAAAGGCAGCAGAAAGGGCUGCUGGGCCAGGGGGUGUGGUGGGCCAGACUGUUUCUGGCUUUAGCCCCCUGCUCACCCUGCCUCCCCACCAGCCCAUACUUCCUCCUCCUGCCAAUCCCCGAGGUUUUUGAGUGAAGAAAGGGGCAGGUGGCUUUUUCUCUUUCAAUAUUGGAAAGAACAAUCGCGAAUAUUUUCUUUGAAUACAUCCAAAUUAUAUCACGUGCUCAAGGGCUGUAGAGUUUUAUAAGCCCGGAUUCCCGCUGUAUUUUUGGGUUUCUUUUGAUGGCUUCCAUGUAUCCUGAAAGCAGAAUCGAUAGCUCUGUGGGUACCCUGGAGCCACAGUGGGGACUUUUGUUCUGAGGAGAGCAGGUGUGAUUAUCAUCGCUCUCAUUUAGAGUCAUUGGAAACCUCUAGAACCAAACCGUCUGGUGUCCUCUUCAGCUUUAACAGUGUUUAGUCUGUCAUACUCUCGUUUGGAUGCAUCUCUGGGUGGAUCCUGCUGUUGGGUCCAUGGUCCUGAGUUUGCCGUAGUAAAGCUCAGCAGGGACUGGUAAAGAGGGCACCCUGGGACUCCGUGAUCACCUUCAUCACUCAGAGUGACAAACGCUAUCUGCCUCUGGAAGAGUCCAUUACGUGGCAUUUCUUGAUAAAAAUGGGUUUUUCUCUCUGAUUUCAUAAUCUUCUCAUUCAAGACAAGUGGUAAAUGUAAUUUUUAAAUUGUGUUAAGAGAGUUCCCAAGGCUUUAUUCUGGCCCAACGGGAACACUUCAAUGAGCUCAGAACAAUAUUGUGGGCAGCACGACAGGAGAGAUAUAUGGGAAACCAUGGCCUUUGUACACAGCUAUGUUUUGAGAUAUCCACGUGAGACUUUGUUUUUUGUUUUGGGGGUUGGAUUAGGUUCGGACAAAGCAUUCUAGGUGUGGAGAGAAUCUGAAAUAUACCAGUAAAGUAAGUAGAAGUGAGCAAUUGUGAAUGUGUAAUGUGAAUGGAAAAGCAGGUUUUAUCUUAAGUUAUUCACUAGGGAACUAACUGUAGUUCCUUCUAAUCCUUUCUUUUCCUUCAAACCUGCUUUGCUGCAAGUUACAGGAAAGAAGCAUAAGCAUAAGAAGACAUAAUGGGACACUUCAGGGUGGAUCAAGUGACAUUGAUCAUUGCUGGACUUAGGUUCAUUUACAAAGUGGAAGCCAUGAUUUUUAAAACUCCUUAUAAAUCUCCUUAAAACCAAACAUUCCUAAGCAUAUCUGAGAGAUACAGUUUACUAAAGUCUUUUUUUUUUUCAGUCUUAUAGGUUUCAUGUAAGAAGGAUGAUUUGUAUUUUCAGAGAAAAGUUGUUUUCUUUACAAAUUCAAAUCUUUUGAAAAGAACGAUUACAUUUUCACUUGAUUCUUUUCUUGUUUCUAACCUUAGGAAAUCCAGAAUAGUAUUUGACAAAAACAUUUUUAAAAUUUAUCUUUGACACCUGUCCCCAUUCCAUUUUGCUUUGUGACUUCCUCUCACUUCACAAUAAAUUAUCUUUAAAGAAACAAAA